AUGGUGACUACACGAGGCAUGACUUCUCCAACACCGGAUGAACCGGGAACUGUUCCAGUUCCUAACCCGGGAUUUGUACACGAGGAGGAAGAGGCUCAGGACUAUACCAGUACUGAACCGGCGCAGGAUGCGAUUUCUGAAGAAUUACCUCCACAAGCUGUUUCACAGGUUCCAGACCCCAAGCGCUUCGCUUCAAAAUCAAUCAAGGAAUUCGAGGAAUGGAUUGAGGACGUGGAAAACAACAUCUCAAGUCGUUCCCGGUCCUACCCCGACGAAGCAAACCCUGAGGCUUUUUAUUCCAAAUUCUCGAUUCUCUACGAGAAAGCGAGAGAAGGAAGUGGCGGGCCUCCACCGGCCGAAGACCUCUUCAAAUAUCGAAUCUUCCUGGCAAAGCUGUUGCCAAAGAUCUGUUUGGAUAUCACGAGAAUGGGUACGCUCCCAGCGAAGCUUCCGGACCUAAUUACUACCGCUCAACGAUUGUAUCAAAUCGAGAAGCAAGAGUGGAGAUUGGAAAGGAAAGCCGAAAAUGAGAAUAACAAUCGCUCCGGAGGCCAAGGUCCGACUCGGAACCAAGAAGGUUCCGACUCGAAGCCGACUCGAAAGCGAAAAUAUAGAUCAGAUCACAACGACCGAGAGAAAUCUCAGAAGAAGCAGAAAUCCUUCUCAAAGAACAAGGACAAGUCGACAGUGAUCUGCUAUCGUUGUAAUCGUACUGGCCAUUAUGCCAUCGAGUGCAAAGCUACCAAAACCGCUGAAGGGAAUCCAAUUUCAUCCCCGAAGCUAAAUGCUACCCAUACAAAAAAGGAAAAGGAGACUGAGAAACAGUCUGACAAAGAGCAAACCCAAUGA